UAAAAUAAAAAUAACGUUUCGACUAAAACAGAAAUAUUUUGAAAGAAAGUAGGAUAUUCUUUUAUUCAAAUUUGAAUUUCAAAUGUGGUUUUCAUUUUGUAGUUAAAAUAGACAUUCUAGUUUUUAGCAUUGUGUCAAGAUUAUAAAUUGUUAAAAGAGUAUUCGCUUGCAUAAAUUCGGAAAUAUGAUUUUAAGUAGUUGAUAAAGUUAAAAAAUAUAUAUAUAUUAAAUGCCCUGUAAAAUUGUGAAAUCAAAAGUGGCUAUUAAUUUGUACAUUACACACCUGUAGUAGUUGUAAGAUAGGCGGGUCAGGGUUGUUGAUUGUUAAGAUUUCUGGCCUUCCAUUCAGAGGGCUUGAUUUCGAUCCCCAGCGGUGUAAACAAAAAAUUUUUUACUCAGAUGUUGGUGAGGAGGGUGCUGGCCACACUGUCAAAGCAGCCCCACAAGCCGUACAUCAACUCGUGUGAGGUUCUCUCACAUGUUCGAGCCAUGGCGUCAGCGGGAGGCACAAAGAAAGUCAUCGCAGUUGCGCAGAUGACCAGCACCAACAACAAAGCCGAGAACUUUGCAGUUUGCAAAACGCUCGUCGAGACAGCCAAGAGUCGGAAUGCCGUGAUGCUGUUCCUCCCGGAAGCAUGCGACUACGUGGGGGAGAGCAUCCCAGAGAUGCUGUCGAUGGCGGAGACGCUGGACGGUCCGCUGGUGCGGCAGUUCUGCGACCUGGCGCGGCAGACCGGCAUGUGGCUCUCUCUCGGAGGGAUCCACAGGAAGAUGCCCAACGACAAAUUGGCCAACUGCCACGUGCUGAUAGACGACGAGGGACGCGUGGCCGCCACGUACCACAAGGUGCACCUGUUCGACGCGGAGGUCCCAGAGAGGGGCAUCAGGCUGAAGGAGUCGAGCUACGUUGAGCCUGGGCGGGAGGUGGUUCCCCCGGUGAGGACGCCGGCAGGGGACGUGGGGCUCAUGAUCUGCUACGACAUGAGGUUCCCGGAGGUGAGCACCGCGCUGAGGAUGAUGGGGGCCGACAUCCUCACCUUCCCCUCGGCCUUCACCUUCGCCACAGGCUCCGCGCACUGGGAGGUGCUCCUGCGCGCCCGCGCCAUCGAGAACCAGUGCUACGUGGUGGCGGCCGCGCAGACGGGAGCCCACAGCAAGAAGAGGUCCUCCUGGGGGCACGCCAUGAUAGUCGACCCGUGGGGCAUCGUGGUGGCCCAGUGCUCGGAGGGGACAGGCGUGGCCACGGCGGAGCUGGACCCCUCGCUGCUGGCCGGCGUCCGUGCGGGCAUGCCCGUGCUCCAGCACCGCAGGCACGACCUCUACCCCCGGCUGGCCACCUCCGCGCCCCCGCCCACCGCCCUGGGUGAGGAGGAGGAGGGGGCGUCAUCGUACCGCUUUGGCCAGGUGUCCGUCCCGGCCGGGGCCGUCUUUUACCGCACCCCGCUCAGCAUCGCCUUCACCAACAAGAAGUGUGCCGUGCAUGGCCACGUGCUGGUGGCGCCCCUGAGGUGCGUGCCCCACAUGAAGCAGCUGGCGGCGGAGGAGGUGGCGGACCUGUUCCGCGCCGCCCAGAGGGUGGGGCAGGUGCUGGAGCGGGUCCACGGCACCUCGGACUUCUCCUUCGUGGUCCAGGACGGCCGCGACGCCGGCCAGACCAUCCAGCAUGUCCACGUGCACGUCCUGCCGCGGCGGCCGGGGGACUUCCCCGUCAACGACGACGUCUACCGGGAGCUGGAGAGGUCCGUCAGGGGAGAGGACGACGACCGCGGGACCUGGCGCUCCGAGGAGGAGAUGGUCGCCGAGGCGUCGCAGCUGCGGGAGCACUUUUGAGGAGUGGGAGGGGCUGCAGUGGCAGGUCCAAGGGGCGGAGGGCCAAUGGGACGGAAGCAGCUUCCUUCUGAUCGCGUCUCACGGUGGAUGAAAUGACACCAGCGGGGAAAAAUUAGUUUCUGGAUCCAAGAAGUAGUGAUGGGCUAACCGAUGCAAAAAAAAAAAUGUUGAUGCGUCAAUUUGUGAAGUUAAUUAAUUUUUUUUAUCCUUUCCCUCAUUCGCAUGGUAAUUGUCUCGCAUGCUGCCAAAUUAUGAAUCGAUAGAAAGGAUAACUUGCAAGUACUUUGAAGGUCGAAAGCCAUCGUAAUUAUUACAGAUGACCCAAUUGUGCUAAAAGAUUGAACCUAACACCUGAGCAGCGUUUUCAUGGGAUUUUUUAGUUACGAAAGACUGCACACAGUAUUGUAAGUAGGAUAGGUACAUGCAGGAAGUCUUUAUCGUUAAUAUGUUCCAACAUGAAAUGAUGGGGUCAAUGCUAAAGGUUUCAUAGACAAGUGAAGACUGUUGCUAAAGUGUUCCAGCAACAUUAUGAGCUUGUGUGUCCAGCCAGGCAGUCCUCUUAAACCACUUAUGUCUAUUAUACGUUGUUGAAGUGGACAUCAGUUCCACCAGUGCUGCUUUGCAACUGGAGACAAACAAAAAUUUUAAGAGGUCUUGUCGUAGUUUGGCGGUUUAGAUAAAAUAUUUGUGAAUCACAUGUUAUUUGUUCACAAGAUAAUACGGUGUAUUUUCGUGUAUGGAUAACACCUUUGUAGCUUCAGGGAAACAUGAAUUCUUCAGUUCUACACCUCUUAAAAUACAACCAGUUGAAACUGUAUGUGUCUGGUAUUUGGCCAUAUGCAAUUUUUAAUAUUUUGUUAAGUUUCAGAAUGGUAUUUGGCCUGUAAACAUGAAUUACUGAACAUUGUCGUUAUUUACAGUGGUUUAAAGAAUUUUUUAGUUGAAUAGUACUUCUGAGCCUUUACUCACUGCCAUUUUACUUGGGUUAUCAUAGCAACAACAUUUAAACAGCAUAGAAACAAAUAGUUUGCCUCCAAUAUGGCUGAGCACAUGUGUAAAUAUACAUCUGUAAAUACAUAAGGGAGAGAUGUGUGAUGAUGAAAAAAAAUUCUUGUUGGCAGCUUUUCAGAGAAAAUACAUUGUACCAAUGUUAAUGCAGUUGAACUGAAGUGUAAAAUAAAGGCUUGGGUAAAUAUGUUAAUAAUGUAAUUUUUUAUCUCUUAAGUAAUACAUAUAUUUUGAGUUAUAAAUAAAUAUUUGUAUAAU